AUGUGGAUAGAUGAAAAGUCGGAAGUUUCUGAAGUGGCAACAACAAGUGAGGCGAAUGUAAGGAAGGAUCUAUCGGAGUGGCAGGAGAGACAUGCCACUCUUGUUCUUGGCUCUGUCAAGCAAAUUUCGAAGUUGAGAUAUGAGCUAUGCCCGCGAGUCAUGAAAGAAAGGAGAUUCUGGAGGAUAUACUUCACCUUAGUCAGCACUCAUGAAGCUGGAACAGAACCACCAGACAAGCCAAAAAAGACAAUCCAACAUUCUAACAUGGAUUAUGUUUACAAGAUUGCUAAUAUUUUAGGAAAUGAGGAGUUUACAGUCAUAGGGAGUCACAUCGGAAGCAUUGUGAAGCUCGCUAGAAGGACCAGACUUUAUAAACAAUUAUAA